GAGCUCGACGUUUUCUACAGAACACAAUAAAUAAAAGCCUCCAUACAUUAUUACAAUUUUUUGUUUCCAAGAUUUUAUCUCUUCUUUCUUUUAAGAAAUUUUAUGCUUUCUUGUGAUUGUGUUACACUAACACUGUUGAUUUCAUAAUCUCAGAUUCUAAAAAAAAAAAAUGGCUGAAGAAUCUUUAUUAGUACAUUCUCAUACAGAAGAUUUAUCAAAUGCUUCUCCUACUAAAUCUUCUUCACUUCUGUCUGAAAUAUCAAAUGCUUCCACGAGACCUUUCGUUCUUGCCUUCAUUGCAUGUUCUUCUGGUGCCUUCAGCUAUGGUUGCAUUGUUGGGUAUACGGCUCCUACACAGACCAGUAUCAUGAAAGACUUGAAUCUAUCCAUAGCUGAUUUUUCAUUUUUUGGAUCGAUAUUGACGGUAGGGGUAAUCCUUGGAGCAUUGGUUUGCGGGAAAUUAGCAGAUUUGGUUGGUCGUUUCUACACGAUAUGGAUUACAACCACUCUCUUUUUACUCGGCUGGUUCGCUAUUGCAUGUGCCAAGGAUGCAUGGCUGCUCGAUGUUGGAAGGUUAUUGCAAGGGAUUUCGGGAGGAAUUAUCACAUAUUUGGGGCCUAUUUACAUCAGCGAGGUAGCACCAAAAAACUUACGAGGAACUGCUUCUUCCUUGGUGCAGCUAUUCAUCGGUGUUGGUAUAUCGGUCUUUUAUGUACUUGGAACACUCGUUGAUUGGCGCAAUUUAGCCAUUUUGGGAUCUAUACCUUCUCUAGUGGUUCUACCUCUUCUUUUCUUCGUCCCAGAAUCUCCUAGAUGGCUAGCUAAAGUGGGAAGGGGGAAGGAGGUUGAGGCGGUUUUGUUAAGCCUGCGAGGAGCAAAGUCUGAUGUAUCAGAUGAAGCAACACAUAUAUUAGAAUAUGCACAGCAUGUUGAGGAACAACAAGACGUUGAGGGACAUGGUUUCUUCAAAUUGUUCCAGCGAAAAUACGCGUUGCCACUUACUAUUGGAGUUGUUCUUAUAUCUAUGCCUCAGCUUGGAGGUCUUAAUGGUUAUACUUUUUACACUGAUACCAUUUUUACCUCUAUUGGUGUAUCAAGUGAAGUUGGAUUCAUAUUGACAUCUAUUGUUCAGAUGUGUGGAGGCAUUUUAGGUGUUGUGCUUGUGGAUAUAUCCGGAAGACGUUCUCUCUUACUGGUUUCUCAAGCUGGAAUGUUCUUGGGUUGUCUUGCAACAGCCAUCUCAUUCUUCUUGCAGAAGAACAAUUGGUGGGAUAAUGGAACACCAAUAUUGGCUCUCAUUAGUGUUAUGGUGUAUUUUGGAUCAUACGGAUUAGGCAUGGGACCGAUACCAUGGAUGAUAGCAUCAGAGAUUUAUCCAGUAGACGUGAAAGGAGCAGCAGGCACAGUGUGUAACUUGGUCAGCUCUAUAAACUCAUGGCUUGUUACUUACUCCUUCAAUUUCUUGCUUCAAUGGAGUUCCACAGGAACAUUUGUGAUAUUUGCGGCAGUGAUGUGCAUUGGAUAUGUGUUCACUGCAAAGCUUGUUCCAGAGACCAAAGGCAAAUCUUUAGAAGAAAUUCAAUCUCUUUUCACCGAUUCUCCUUCUGAAGAUUCGACAAUUUUCUGAAAAGAUAGUUAAACUUUGACUUCUAGCUAUUAGCUAGAUUGAGACAACAAAGUGGUUCUUGAUAUGCUUUUUACGAUUGGCCCAUGUGCGAAUUAAUAUGUUAAAUAUUCCCAUAAAUUACGUAGGGUUUGAUCGCCCAAGUUA